CCAGUGCCGCAACUCUCCCAUAACCUUGAUCGAGUAUUGUUCAACCCAGGAGUCUACCACAUGCAGGAUGACCGAUCCCGCGUCUUCAAUUUCGAUCCUUAUCUGGCUUCCAUCAUGCCGGUGAAGGAGUUCGAUUUCGAUGCACUAAGGAGCUAUGUCACCUCAUCCAAAGACGUAAAGUUGAGACAGCUCAGUGCUGCUCACGGCAUGAAAUACUGCGGCUCAACAUCAAGCAUGACUUCAAUUUUAUCUCAUUUUCACUUUCUCCUCUCAGCUUGGAGAAAACCUAAUUUUGCGUACUUGUCACGAUCACUAGAGCCGGAAUCUUACAACUUUACCGCUUUAAGUCGUGGCCCUGCUGCCGCUUUUGCGCACUUCAAUGAUGGAGUCUAUGCAUUUGACUCUGACAAAGAAUAUGACACGGAAAAUAUCCUCAGCUCGCUUGGAAAAUCCAUGGAAAAACUUCUUACGCUGCCAAAAGAGGAAUUCGAAAAAUAUAGGAGAUCAAGGUCUCAUCAGCUGACAGAGGAAGAGAGAAACGCAGAGGACUCAUUCCACUAUACUACUUUGGGAGACUUCAUGAUGCGGUCACAGCUUGAUGCCUAUGAUCCUAGGCUUCCUGGCUCCGGCAUGUUCGACCUGAAAACACGAGCAGUUGUUGCCGUCAGAAUGGAUGUCCGGGGAUACGAGAAAGGGGCAGGCUACGAAAUUCAGAAUCGGUUUGGUCAGUGGGAGUCUUUUGAGCGCGAGUAUUACGAUAUGGUCAGAACGGUGUUUUUGAAAUACUCUCUGCAAGUGCGAAUGGGCCGCAUGGAUGGCAUCUUCGUCGCAUAUCACAACACACAGCGAAUAUUUGGGUUCCAGUACAUCAGCUUGGAUGAAAUGGAUGUGGCUCUUCACGGGACUAAUGAUCGCCGAGUCGGCGACCAAGAAUUCAAAAUUAGCGUUACACUUUUGAAUGAGCUCAUGGACAGAGCUACCAAACGUUUCCCAGCACGAACGCUCCGACUGCAUGUGGAGACUCGCCCAACAAAGGUGCCUCUUACAUACUUUUUUGUUGAGCCGGUAACGGAGGAAGAAAUGACCAAAACUCAAGAAGCUGCCAAAUCAACUGUUGAAGAAUUAGAGCAUUUGAUCCUGAAAGCCACGGAGGGCAUUGACAACAAGGCGCAAAAUCUCAAGACAUUCCAACGAAUGUUUGCCGAUCUGACUACAAGGGCCAAGGAUGAUGAUAAAGAAGCCAUUGAGGAUGAACAAGUGACAUCUGCCAAGGACGAAACUUCAAACGAAGAUGAGCUUAUCGAAGAAGAAGAAGAGGGAGACGAGAGUGAUGCCGCAGAGAAUACGGAAAGCCCUGGACGGCCACAACGUGAACUCUUUGGCAUGUUCGUCACUAUUCGCAACCAAGUGAAUGGCGAGCACGUUGAGCGCCCAACAAACGUCAGAAAAGAAGACGAUUUCGACUGGUCGGUUCAAUACAACAUUACUGAGCUGCCCGAUACAAGGGCACGCAAGAUCUAUGAUAAACUCAAGCAGCGGAGAAAGAAGGUACUU